AUGUUACGCGCUCUUCGUAUUAUUCGAACUAAAGUUAGAUUUGUACCCGCACCGUACUUUUCCACUAUGCAGACAACAGCUGAAAAUAUUAACAAACCUUCAUCAACAAGACCUUCGUCUAGCAAUAAAGCAUCAUAUGCUCCACAAAAUCUUCCGGUUUAUGAUUAUGAUCUUGUUGUUGUUGGUGGUGGUUCUGGAGGCCUCGCAGCAGCUAAAGAAGCAGCAAAACUAAAUAAAAAAGCUAAAGUAGCUUGCUUUGAUUUAGUUACUCCAACAUAUCAUGGAACUAAAUGGGGCCUUGGUGGUACAUGUGUAAAUGUUGGUUGUGUUCCAAAAAAAUUAAUGCAUUAUGCUGGUGGUAUUGGUAAUAUUCUUCAUCGUGAUGCAGCUGAAUUUGGUUGGCAAAAUGUUGAUAAUGGUAAACAUGAUUGGGCAACAAUGCAAACAUUAAUUGGAAAUUAUAUCAAAUCUCUUAAUUUUUCCUAUAAAGUACAACUUCGCUCAGCAAAUGUUACAUAUUUAGAUGGUUUAGCUCAUUUUAUUGAUCAACAUACUAUUGAAUGGAAGAGUUUAACAAAAAGUGGUCGCUUAACAUUUGAUAAAGCUAUUAUAGCAGUUGGUGGACGACCGACUUAUGGUGAUUUUCCCGGUCGAGAAUUAUGUAUUAGCUCCGAUGAUAUAUUUUGGUUAAAAAAAAAUCCCGGUAAAACACUUAUUAUUGGUGCUGGUUAUAUUGCCCUUGAAUGUGCAUCAUUUCUUCAUCAUAUUGGUAAUGAUGUAACUGUCAUGAUACGUUCAAGACCAUUACGUACAAUGGAUCAUCAAUGUGGUGAAAUGAUAUGUGAAUUAAUGGAACGUGAUGGAGUGAAAUUUAUAAUGCCAGCUAAUCCACGUUCAUUUUGUGCUUUAGAAAAGCCAGAGAAAUUAGAGAAUGCAAAAGAAAUUCGACCAGGUGUUUGGGAACAUGGAAAAGAUGCUAAAGGAAACGAACAAUAUUUACAUGGAUCUGGUGUUAUUGAAGUAAAACAUGCAGAUGGAAAAACAACAUGGAUUCAGCCAAAAGGAGAAAUUGAGGUUAAAUAUGAAUAUGCUGAUCAUCAACGUAAAGGAAAAAUUCAUUCCGAAAGUUUUGAUACAGUUUUAUUGGCUAUUGGUCGAACAGCUAAUAUUGCAGGUCUUGGCCUUGAUCAAAUUGGUGUACAUGUUGUUAAUGGAAAAGUUCUUGUUGAUGAAACAGAACAAACUAAUUUACCACAUAUUUAUGCUUUGGGUGAUGUAGCCACUGGUGUUAUUAAACAUGGUAAAGAUUUACAACAUCAAGCUCAAGUAACUAUUGAACGACCUGAAUUAACACCUGUUGCUAUUCAAGCUGGUCAAUAUUUAGCACGACGUCUAUGGAAUCUUUCGAAUCAAUUAAUGAAUUAUCGAAGUAUUCCAUCAACUGUAUUUACAAGUCCAUCUGAAUAUGGUUUUGUUGGUCUUCAUGAAGAACAAGCAAUGCAAUCACGAGAAGAUGGAGGUAUUGGUAAGGAGAAUGUUCGAGUUUAUUGGUCAAGAUAUGGAAAUCUUGAAAUAUCUCCCAUACAUCCACAUAUAAAACCAACACGUAGUGACUGUUUCGUUGGAAAAAAUUCUUGGACACAACAAUAUGCAUUAAAAAAUAAUGUUGAUUGGCCUGAAGCAACAUAUGAUUUAGAAAACUCGAAUUAUGUUUUAUUUAGUGAUGAUAUUGGUGGCCAAAAACGUACAGCUGCACGUGUCAUAAAGAAAUACCGUAAUGAACAAGCAAAAAAUAAAAUAACAUAUGAUAUUGAAAUUCAGAAUGAAGAAAAAACCAUUGUUGAAGGUGUUACUGGUGAACAAUUAGAAUUACAAGAAGAACAAGAAUUAGAAAAAGGAGAAGUAUUUUACAAAGCAAAUUGUUUAGCUAAAUUAAUUUGUGACAAAAGUCAAAAUGAUCGAGUGGUUGGUUUUCAUUAUAUGGGACCAAAUGCUGGUGAAGUUACACAAGGUUUUGCAUUAGCUAUUAUGAUGGGUGCAACAAAACAACAAUUUGAUGAUCUCGUUGGUAUUCAUCCAACUGCAGCAGAAGAAUUUACUGUAUUAGGUGUAACUAAAGAAUCGGAAUCGACAUUAUUGAAAGCAGCUGGUUGUGGUGGAGGCUCAUGCGGUUAA